CGCCGAUUUUAACUUAACGCGAGCGCUCUCCGUAGGCCAAAGCCAGCCAAAGCGGCAGCUGCGCCGGGGCAGCCGUCCGUGGAGGCCAACGCACGACGGGGGCAGCCGGAGCGGGCGUCCCGCGCGACGAGCCGUCGUGCAGGCAGCGCUAGGCUGCAGUACAUUGCCGGCAGGGCAGCAUCCACCAUGCCGCUGCAGGAGCAGAAGUACUCGACGGGCCGCGUCAUCGAGCACAAGAAGCCGUCGACGCACGCCGAGCAUGAGCUCGUCAUACCCUUCGCGCAGUUACGAAGUGUAGUAAUCCGCCUGCAGGACGAGAUGCAAAAAACAUCGGCAGCAUGGGACACGAAGGGCUCCAUGAACAAGAACUGGGAAUUGUUGUUCAAGCGCCUCGACGCCGACUUUUCUGGGAGGUUAGAUUACGCGGAGUUUGUGAAAGCUGUGCGCGAGGGGCUACGACUAGACACCUCAGAUAAAGAGUUGCAGGCUUUAUGGACUUAUAUAGAUCACGAUAAAAGUGGGGAAGUCUCUCUCGCAGAAUUCCAGCACGGCUUGUAUUUACUAAUACUAGAAGGUUGGGAACGGAUAACAGACGACGACCUCGAGCGCGUCGUGCUCACGCUCAACGCGGCCGGUAAAAAGUGGUACCACGGCCACUUCAGCUGGUACAAGAUUUUUAAAGCUAUUGAUACCGACGAAAAUGAUAGGUUAGAGUACGACGAGCUGGAGCGAGUAGUACGGGCGAACGGCUCGCAGGGCGGCCUGAGUUUGGUACCAGAAAAAGUCGCCGAUGCCGAUUUGAGGGGCCUGUGGCGGCGGCUCGACGACGACUGCUCGGGCGGGGUGAGCGUCGAGGAGUUCGUGGGCUUCAUGCGGCGCGAGGAGGCGGAGCUGCCCGAGGUCGAGUUGACACAAGACGAGUUGACAAGGGAGGAAAUGCGCGCCGCUGCCGAGAAACGAGCGGAAGAGGCGCGCCAGGCCCACGAACGCUGGCUCGAGGAGCAAGGUAUUGAACCGAAGCAGAAGUACGCCACGGGGCGCGUCAUAGAAAAUCAGAAGCCCUCGACGCAUGAAGAACACGAACUAGUGCUGCCCUUCGAACAAUUACGUGGAGUAGUAAUCCGCCUGCACGACACGAUGCAGCGGGUCUGCGCGACCUGGGACAGCAAGGGCUCCAUGGACAAGAACUGGCGCACGCUCUUCGAGCGCAUCGACGCCGACUUUUCUGGUAGAUUAGACUACCUCGAGUUCCUCAAGGCCGUAAGGGAUGAGCUCAAAGUCCCAGACACGACAGAAGAGGAACUCAGAGCGCUCUGGACUUAUAUAGAUCACGACAAGAGCGGCGAAGUGACCAUCGCCGAGUUCCAGCACGGCCUGUAUUUAUUGAUCCUGGAGGGCUGGGCCCCUUUGAUGGAUGAGGACCUGGGGAACCUCAUCCUCACGAUCAACGUGGCGGCGAAGAAGUGGUACCACGGCCACUUCAGCUGGUACAAGGUCUUCCGGGCCAUCGACACCGACGAAAACGACCGCCUCGAAUUUGACGAGUUUGAGCGCGUCAUCCGGGCGAACGGCUCGCAGGGCGGCCUGAGCCUGAAGCCGCACGAAGUGAGCCUAGAGGCGUUGCAGGGCCUGUGGCGGCGGCUCGACGCGGACUGCUCCGGCGGUGUGAGCAUAGAUGAGUUCAUGCACUUCAUGCGGAUCGAGGAGGCGGCGCUGCCGGAAGUCGAGCUCACGGCCGACGAGAAGCUCCAGGUCGAGAUGCGCGAGGCCGCGGAGCAGCAGGCGCGCGAGGCGCGGGAAGCCGCCGAGCGGCGAUUGGCGGGCCACGCCGAGCCCAAGCAGAAGUACGCGACGGGGCGCACCAUCGAGCACAAGCGGCCGACGACGCACGCGGAGCAUCGGCUGUUAAUGCCCUUCGAACAGCUGCGCGCCGUCGUGCUCCGCUUGCAGGAUCAGAUGAUGAAGGUCUGCGCGGCCUGGGACACGAAGGGCUCGAUGAACAAGAACUGGGAGUUGCUCUUCAAGCGCCUGGACAAGGACUUCAGCGGCCGCCUAGAUUUCGUAGAGUUCGUCAAGGCCGUGCGGGAAGAGCUGCUACUGCCGGACAUGAAGGAUACGGACCUCCAAGCGCUCUGGGCGUACGUGGACCACGACCGGAGCGGCGAAGUGACCAUCGCCGAGCUCCAGCACGGCUUGUAUUUGCUCAUCCUGGAGGGCUGGGCCCCGCUCACCGACGAGGGCCUGGAGGAGGUCGUAGGUAUACUGAAUACGGCGGGCAAGAAGUGGUACCACGGCCACUUUAGCUGGUACAAGGUCUUCAAGGCCAUUGACACGGACGAGAACGACCGCCUCGAGUAUGAUGAGUUCGAGCGCGUGAUACGGGCGAACGGCUCGCAGGGCGGCCUUUCCUUAAAACCGAACGAACUAGCGACGUCCAAGAUCCAGGGCCUCUGGCGGCGGCUCGACGAGGAUUGUUCGGGCGGCGUGAGCGUCGAAGAAUUCGUCGGCUUCAUGCGCCUGGGCGAGGCGGAGCUGCCGGAGGCCGAAAAGACGGCCGAGGAGCUCACGCAGGCGGAACUGCAAGAACAGGCGGAGCAGCGCGCGCUCGCGGCGCGCCAGGCCGCCGAGCGCCGGCUCUCGGGUCUUGAUGAUGAGCCCAAGCAGAAGUACGCGACGGGGCGCGUCAUCGAGCACAUCAAGCCGACGACGCACGCGGAGCACGAGUGCGUGCUGCCCUUCGAACAAUUAAGAGCUGUCGUGGUCCGCCUGCAAGAAACGAUGACCAAGGUGCGUACCCGGCGUCUGCCAUUUGGCCGAUAUAUAUAUAUAUAUAUAUGCACAUACACAUACAUUGCUCGGCACACGCACACGAUAUAUAUAUACCAAACGAUCACGCUACACAGGUCUGCGCGUCCUGGGACAACAAGGGCUCCAUGAACAAAAAUUGGGAGAUACUCUUCAAGCGCAUCGACGCCGACUUCAGUGGCCGCCUCGAUUACCCCGAGUUCGUGAAAGCCGUGCGGGAGGAGCUCAAAGUGCCCGACACGACGGACGAGGAACUCAAAGCAUUGUGGACUUAUGUGGAUCACGACAAGAGCGCGGAAGUGACCAUCGCCGAGUUCCAGCACGGCUUGUAUUUGUUGAUCCUCGAGGGCUGGGCCCCGCUUGAGGAUAAGGGUCUGGAGCGGGUGGUGCUUACGAUCAACGCGGCCGCCAAGAAGUGGUACCCCGGCCACUUCAGCUGGUACAAGGUUUUUAAAGCUAUCGACCAGGACGAGAACGACCGCCUCGAGUACGAUGAAUUUGAAAGAAUGAUCCGGGCGAACGGCUCGCAGGGCGGCAUGUCGCUAAAACCGCACGAAGUGAGCCUCGAGGAACUCCAUGGCUUGUGGAAGCUGCUCGACGAAGAUUCGUCAGGCGGCGUGAGCAUCGACGAGUUCAUGCACUUCAUGCGCACGGAGGAGGCGGCUCUACCUCCGGUCGAGCUCACGGAGGAUGAGAAGCAGCAGGUCGAGAUGCGCGCCGCCGCGGAGAAGAAAGCGGAGGCGGCGCGACAAGCCGCGGAACGCCGAUUGUCCGGCCAUCAUGAACCCAAGCAGAAGUACGCGACCGGUCGAACGAUCGAGAACCAAAAACCAUCGACGCACGAAGAACAUGAGUUGGUGAUGCCCUUCGACCAACUACGCGCCGUCGUGGUUCGAUUGAUCGAGACGAUGACUAAGGUAUGUGCCUCCUGGGACAACAAGGGGAGCAUGGCCAAGAACUGGGAGACCUUGUUCAAGAAAAUUGACGCUGAUUUCAGCGGGAGACUAGAUUAUCCUGAGUUCACGAAGGCCGUGAGGGAUGAGCUCAAAGUACCACAAACAACAGAUAAGGAGCUGCAGGCCUUGUGGACGUACAUCGACCACGACAAGAGUGGCGAGGUCACACUUAGUGAAUUUCAGCACGGUUUAUACUUGUUGAUUCUCGAGGGCUGGCCGAGACUCAGCAAGAAGGGUCUCGAUGAUGUGAUCAAGGUUAUAAACAAGGCGGCUAGGCAGUUCUACCAUGGGCACUUCAGCUGGUAUAAAAUUUUCAGAGCCAUUGAUGAGAACGAGAAUGAUAUGCUCAGCUUUGAUGAAUUUGAAAGAGUAGUAAGAGCGAACGGCACGCAGGGCGGUUUGAGCUUAAAGCCGUCGUACGUCUCGCUCGUCGCCUUGCAGGGUCUCUGGCGGGCUCUAGAUGAGGAUUCGUCGGGCGAGGUGUCGAUUGACGAGUUCAUGCACUUCAUGCGCCAGACGGACAAGAAGGAGGAAAAGGUAGAGGUAGAAGAAAAUCCUAGGGUUAUAGCAGCGCGCGAAAAGGCCAAGGAGCGCGUCGAUUCUCGAAGGAAGCGCAAGGAAGCGGAGGAACUCGAGCGCAAGGCCCUGGAGGCGGAGCGCGAAGCAGCACAAUUUGAGAAAGACGCUCGAGCCGCGGAGGCGCGGGAAAGAGCCCGAUUGCGAUCUAGAGAUGGGACGCCGAAGCGCAAGAAGAGAAGACCGAUCCAGGACGACAUCUCCAUCAUGUCCUGCGACAACUACGAGGCCCAGCUGCGAGCUAUUUUGUCGGAUAUGGAGGCGUGGGACGACGGGCGGCCGGCGUCGCCGGAUCCCGUGAAGAGACCUAGAGGCAAGGAGAAGCCUACUUAUUUCGGGUACGGUCUGGCCUUUCAACCACCUUCCACACCUCGGCUGCAGAAACUAAGGCCGCCCAAGGCGUCGCCGUACAAACGGAAGCAAAAACUAAUUGUAUCAAUAAGAAUGAGGCGCAAGAAGAAGAUCGAGCAGAGAACCUCCAAAAUCUAUUCCUCGACCAUCGAUUUGAGCAUAAGGCAGGAGUCGCCCAUGAAGAAAGUAAGGGUGCGACCGUCGACGUGCGGCGUCGACAGGGACGAGGAGUCCGCCGCGGGGUUGUUUGAGCGAACAUCCGUGUAUGGACGCUCUGCCAGUCCAACAAGACGACCCAAAACAGAACCUCGACGCAAGCGCCCGCUGCAGACGCUGAGCCUCGAGACCGAGGAGGAAGCACCAAGCCCGUUCGCGAGGGAAAGACAACCGUCCCUCGUCAGUCCAGCCAAAGCUUCGGGGCGCGAGCUGCGCACGGGAAGAACGGGCGGUGAUUUAACCCCGUCGCAACAGAAGAAGAGUUUUUCGUCGUCCUUUGACGAUAGCGAGGCGAUGAUGGACGACGCCUCGUACGAAAAAUACGUCCUCAAGGCUUCUAGAAGGGAUUCCAUGGACUCGGAGCAGGCUGUGCGUCGAUCGUCUGAUGAUUACGGCGACGCUUUACGUAGUGCGGGCGUCUACGAAGAUGAAGGCGACGACGCGACUACCUCGCCAGAUGCCCUGGAGACGUACCUCAGACGUAUCUUCGAUCGCGUCGAUAGUAACGGAGAUGGUCAUAUAGAUAGGGAGGAGGCCGUCACCGCUGUUAGAUGUGAUGAAGAAUUCGCGGCGAUGCUUGGCUUCGACUCGGACGAAAGCAGUACGCAGCUCGAGAGUGCUGUUGCUGUGAUGUCGAGUGGUCUUGAUCGGAUCUCGUGGCAGGAGUUUCGCGCGGCGUUCUUGCCUCCAGUAGAUCCGUUUGCCGACUACCUACGAGACUACGAGACGUAUCUCAGAGCUUUAUUUGAAAGAGCGGAUUCGAAUAGCGACGGUGAUUUGUCGUAUGCGGAACUCGUGACAGCUUUAAACGACCCGGACUUCGCGGAGGUUGCGGUCGAUGCGAUGGGGUUCGUUGACUCUGGCAUUACUCGGGAAGAGUUCGCUCAACAAUUCCUGGAGGUGUGCGACUGGAACGAGGACUACAAGGUGCAGUGGGAGGAGUUCCGGGAAGCCGCAUUAGCGUCAGCACUAACUGCGAUGCACGAGGGCCGCAUGGAGGCGGCUCUGCGAGAUGUCUUCGACCGGGUCCAAGGGGGCGACGGCACGAUAACUAUUGAUGAUGCGGUCCAAGGUCUGAGAGAUGAUCCGGACUUCGCGGAAGUCCUGGGCUUCUUCUCCACCCAUCAAGCGAACGAGUUCGACGGCUCGCUCGAGUACCUGAUCGAGAAGUUGGUGGAGAUGGAUACGAAUCAGGACGGCGUGAUCGAGUGGAGCGAGUUUAGAGCUGUUGUGUUCCCCCCACCUCCAUCAGAAAUGGACAUGUAUAUGCAAAACUACGAGAACUACCUCCGAGCCGUCUUCGAGCGGAUUGAUGAAGAUCAAUCGGGAUCGUUAUCGUACGGGGAAAUCGCCGAGGCGCUGCGGGACGAGGACGUCGCCGACGCCCUCGGUUUAUCGGGCAGCGGUCUUACCUCAAUCGAGUUUGUUGAGAGGUUGUUAUCCUCGUUAGAUUGGGACGAUGAUAAUGAAAUCACGUGGGACGAGUUCCGGGUGCCGGCUUUAGCUGUCGCUGUAGAGGCCUUCGCGAAGACGCGGCUCGAGAUCCAUCUGAGGAAUGUGUUCGAGCGCGUCGAUAGGGACGGGUCCGGUUUUAUUUCAAUCGAGGAGUGCGUCGAGGCGUUACAAUGUGAUGAUCAGUUCGCUCAAUUACUAGGCUUCGAGGGGGCUACACUUAUACAGACGGAGGGCGAGAUGACGCACGUGGCUGUCGUCCUGGCGGCGCUGGACGAGAACUGCGACGGGAAGGUGUCCUGGGCCGAACUUAGAAGCGCGGCGCUCGGCGAAGAAAUUACUGUCCAGGAUCCGUUCGCGGAGCACAUGCGAGAAUAUGAGGAGUACCUGCGCAUGGUCUUCGACAGAGUAGAUAAGAACGGCGACGGGGAGCUGUCCUACGCCGAACUUGUACAGGGUCUGAAGGAUCCCGAGUUCGCGGACGAGGCCGGGUUUUAUGGUUCAGACAUGUCUCGAGGCGAGUUCGCGGCGGAAUUUUGCGAUGCAUUGGAUUGGGACGGCGAAAAACGGGUCGUUUGGGCCGACUUCCGGGACGCGUUCCUCCAGAACGCUCUGGACGAGAUGCACGAGCGGCGCGUGGACCAGCACCUGCGCCGCGUCUUCGACAGUAUCGACGUCGAGUCCAAGGACUAUAUUACGAUAGAGGACGCCGUGCGCGGGCUGCGGGAGGACGAAGAUUUUGCCGAGGUCUUGGGAUUUUGGGGCACGCACCGCGCGACUGCGGACGACGGGUCGCUCGACGUUUUGUGUGCGACGCUGGCGGCCAUGGACGUGAACGAGGACGGCGUCGUGUCCUGGCGGGAGUUCCGGUACGCGGCGCUCGGCGGCGAGAAGCCGCGGGAGGCGGCCGUCGAGGCCGAGGCCGAGGCUAGCAUCGAGCCUGCCGCCGAGCCUGCGGCCGAGCCUGCUUUGGAGCCCACUGCGGAGCCCACGACCGAGCCCACGGCCGAGCCUCCGGCCGAGCCUCCGGCCGAGCCUCCGGCCGAGCCGACCGCGGAACCUACGGCCGAGCCGACAGCGGAGCCCACUGUGGAGCCCACGGCGGAGCCUACGGCCGAGCCUACUGUGGAGCCCACUGCGGAGCCCACGGCGGAGCCUCUGGCCGAGCCGACCGCAGAGCCUACUGUGGAGCCCACUGCGGAGCCCACGGCGGAGCCUCUGGCCGAGCCGACCGCAGAGCCUACUGUGGAGCCCACUGCGGAGCCCACGGCGGAGCCUCUCGCCGAGCCCACGACCGAGCCUGCGGCCGAGCCAACGGCCGAGCCGACGGCCGAGCCGACGGCCGAGCCGACGGCCGAGCCGACCGAAGAAGAGGCCGCGGAAGCAACUCCAGAGCCGGUCAUUCCCGCCGAGGAGAGCCCCACUGAGCCCGAGGCUCCGAGCGCGGAGCCGACGGCCGAGCCGGCCGAACCGACGGCCGAGCCCGUCACUGCCGAGCCGGUCGCCGCGCCGCUCGCGCUGCCUCUGGAGCCCGUAGAGCCGGAGCCGGCCCCGCGGAAGCCGGUCUUCGCCGACGACGCGUCCGAGAUCACGGCGCGCGACGACUUCGAGGUGUCGACGUCGCGGCCGGCGAGCCCGCGUUUGGUGGAGGCGCCCGUGCCGGCGCCGGUCAAGACGUUUCCGAUCGUCGUUGAAGAUGCAUUACUAAAUGGGCGGAGCUGCGCCGUCACGUGCUCGCGGACGGACGCGGCCAUCACCUGCGACGUCCUCCCGCACGACGCGGGCAAACCCUGCCAUUUGGUGCUCGGUGCGCAGGAUCUCGACUGGGCGCACGCCGCGCUCGUCGGCAAGGAUUGGGCGGAGGACGCGUACGACGUGGGGCGCGCCGUCGUGGACCACCUGCUGCUGCAGGGCAAGGGCCGGUUCACGAAACUCAAGUGCCAACUGGUCAAGGUCGUCCGCGUCGCGCCGAAGCGGGUGGACUACGGCGACGAGGACGCGACGCUCAGGGCCGCGCUCGGCGCGCCGGCGCCGGCGCCGGCGCGCAGGGUCCUGUCGCCGCUUGCCGUCGCGCCCGCGCCGAUCCCGGCGCCGCGCGACGUUGUCCGCGAGGCGCCGGUCGGGCCGUCGCCGCGGCUCGUCCCGCUCCUCGCGCCGCCGGCCGCGGCGCCGCCGCUGGGCCUCCCGGUCCUGGCGCCGGCGCCGGCGCGCGCGCCCGAGGCCGUGCCCGAGGCGCCGGCGCCGGAGCCGGCGCCCGCGGUGGAGGCGCCGCCCGUCGCGCUGGCGGCGGCGCCCGCGCCGCCGCUGGCCGUCGCGGAGAGCCCGGCGGCGGCUCCGGAGUACUUCCCCGCCGAGGAGGAGGAGCCGCUCGACGAGCCCACUCCCUCGGAGCCCGCGGAGGAGCCGCUCGACGAAGAGCCGACGCCGGAGGAGCCCGCAGCGCCGACGCCGGAGGAGCCCGCCGCCACCGACGCGAACCUGAGCGCGCUCGAGACGUACCUCCGCCAGGUCUUCGACCGCGUCGACACGGGCGGCGACGGCGAGAUCUCCGUCGUGGAGGCCAUCAAGGCCCUGCGCACGGACGAUGAAUUCGCCGAGCUCCUGGGCUUCGAGGAGGCGACCCGGGUCAAGGCCAGCGACGGCUCGAAGGACCGCCUGACGCUGGCGCUGGCCGCACUUGACUCCGAUGGAGACAAGUGCGUUUCCUGGGAGGAGUUCCGGCGCGCGGCGCUCGGCGAGAUCGAGGAGGCGGACGCCCCCGUCGUCGUCGUGGAGCCGGCCGCGGACGAAGCGGCCGCGGCGCCACCCGCGGCGGAGGAGGAAGUGACGGCGGCGCCACCAGCGGAGCCGACCGAGGAGCCUGCGCAGGAGCCCACAGCCGAACCGGACACUGAGUUGCUUGAGGAGGAGCCUGCUGAGGAGCCUGCUGAGGAGCCUACUGAGGAGCCUACUGAGGAGCUUGCUGAGGAGCCCACGGCCGAGCCGGCCGAGGAGCCUACUCAGGAGCCGGCGACCGAACCGACCGAGGAACCCACAGCUGACCCAGCCGCGGAGCCGGCAGAGGAGCCUACGGCCGAGCCGGCCGCGGAGUCGGAGCCGACCGAAGAGCUUCCCCAGGAGCCCACGGCCGAACUGACCGCGGAGCCAACGGCGGAGCCGACCGAGGAGCCAACCGAAGAGCCUGCUGAGGAGCAUACUGAGCAGCCAGCGGCCGAGCCCACGGCCGAACUGGACGCGGAGCCGACUGCGGAGCCCACGGCCGAGCCGACCGCGGAGGAGGAGCCUACGGCCGAGCCGGCCGACGAGCUUACUACUCAGGCCGAGGAGCCUACUCAGGAGCCUGUUCAGGAGUCGACGGCCGAGCCGGUCGAAGAGCCGACGGCUGAGCCAGCCGCGGAGCCGGCGGUCGAGCCGACCGAGGAGCCUACAGCCGAACAGGACGCGGAGCCGACCGAGGAGCCUACUACUCAGGCCGAGGAGCCUACUCAGGAGCCCACAGCCGAGCCAGCCGCGGAGCCGGCGGUCGAGCCGACCGAGGAGCCUACAGCCGAACAGGACGCGGAGCCGACCGAGGAGCCUACUACUCAGGCCGAGGAGCCUACUCAGGAGCCCACAGCCGAGCCAGCCGCGGAGCCGGCGGUCGAGCCGACCGAGGAGCCCACAGCCGAACAGGACGCGGAGCCGACCGAGGAGCCUACUACUCAGGCCGAGGAGCCUACUCAGGAGCCCACAGCCGAGCCGGCCGCGGAGCCGGCGGUCGAGCCGACCGAGGAGCCCACAGCCGAGCCGGCCGCGGCGACGGACCCGGCCGCGGCGGCGCCGCGGGACCCGACGCCCGAGUUCUACUGGCUCGCCCGCCGCGAGAUCGAGCCCGACGCGGCGCCGGCGAGCCCGACGGACCCCGGCCGCGGUCUCGACGUCGUCAUCGCGCGGAGCGCCUUCGCGGCGGAGUCGGCGGCGGAGAUGUCGCUCGACGCGGGCGACCGCGUCAUGAUAAACACGGCCAAGCGCGCGUCGAGCGACGACUGGGUCUUCGCGGCGAAGUCCACGCGCGAGGCGGGCUACGUGCCGCGGCACUUCCUCGUGGCGGCCGACGACGAAAGAGCUCAGGCGGCGCCGGCGGCGCCGACGCCCGAGUUCUACUGGGAAGCCAGAAGGGACGCCGAGGGCGCCGACGCGCCGGACGGCGGCGCGCUCGCGCGCGCGCGCGCACGUAGAGCUUUCGCGAUGGAGGAGCCGCCGGAGAUGGACCUCGCCGAGGGCGACACGCUCCUCGUGCUGGUGGAGGAGCACGCCGACGAGGCCCAGGGCUGGAUCUUCGCGGCGAAGGCCGCCGAGGCGGGCUACGUGCCGCGGACCUACCUCGAGCUCGCCGCCGACGACGCGCCCGCCAAGGCGCCGACGCCCGAGGUCACGGACUCGAGCGGCGGCGAGGAGAUCCUGGAGCCCGUCACGCAGCCGCGCGCCGAGUCGCCGCCGCACCCGCUUGUGCCUCCCUUGAGUCCCAUCGCGGGCUCGCCGCCGGAGACGGCCCAAAGUCCGCAGCCCCAGGGCGCGCUCGAAGACUACCUCUGGGCCAUCUUCCAGCGCGUCGACACGGAGCGCGAGGGGACCGUGGCCACGGCGGAGGUCGUCCAGGCGCUCCGGGACGACGGGGGCUUCGCGGGGGCCCUUGGCUUCUCCGAGGAUGUCCGCGGCGGCGAAAACGACGCGACGGAGUUCCGCGCCGACGUGGCGAGCGCGCUCGCGGCGCUGGACGCCGACCGCGUGUCCUGGGACGAGUUCCGGCGCGCGGCGCUCGGCGAGGAGGACGGUGAGGGCGACCGCGAGCGCCAGCUCGCCGACGAGAACGCGGAGCUCAAGCGGCGCCUCGCGCGCGCGAGCGGCGACGGCCUCGGCGGCCAGCAGUGGGGCUCCAUGGCGGGCGGCGACGACGACGACUCGUACUCGUCGCGGUCGUCGCGGUCGUACUCGUCGCGGUCCGGCGACUCGCUGUACGACGAGUUCGAGGACUUCCAGUAGGUCCG